CCACUCGCAGCAGCAGUGCCACUACCAGCGCACACCAAUCCAGCUGAUUUUGAGCACGAGCAGCUCUUGCCCAACAGCCACCGUCGUCGGCUACUGUCAUCCAUGGCCAUGAGGAACGCGACGCAGCAGGUGGUCCGGGCCUUGGAGCCGUCCCUCACCAGGAGCCUUCAUGCGUCCCCGGACAGCAAGAAGAUCGUGGGCGUGUUCUACAAGGGCGGCGAGUACGCGGGGCAGAACCCCAACUUCGUGGGGUGUGUGGAGAACGCGCUGGGCAUCCGUAGCUGGCUCGAGUCGCAGGGCCACCAGUACAUCGUCACCGACGACAAGGACGGCCCCAACUGCGAGCUAGAGAAGCACAUCGCGGACGCGCACGUGCUCAUCACCACGCCGUUCCACCCGGCGUACGUGAGCGCGGACCGGAUCAGGCGCGGCAAGAACCUGGAGCUGCUCCUCACGGCGGGGAUCGGCUCCGACCACAUCGAGCUGCCGGCGGCGGCGGCCGCGGGGCUGACCGUCGCCGAGGUCACGGGCAGCAACACCGUGUCGGUGGCGGAGGACCAGCUGAUGCGCAUCCUGGUCCUCAUGCGCAACUUCCUGCCGGGCCACCACCAAGCCAUCAACGGGGAGUGGGACCUCGCCGGCAUCGCGCACCGGGCCUACGACCUGGAGGGCAAGACGGUGGGCACCGUCGGCGCCGGCCGCAUCGGGAAGCUGCUGCUCCAGCGCCUCAAGCCAUUCGGCUGCAACCUGCUCUACCACGACAGGCUCCGCGUCGACGCCGCGCUGGAGAAGGAGCUCGGCGCCGCCUUCGAGGAGGACCUCGACGCCAUGCUGCCCAAGUGCGACGUCGUCGUGCUCAACAUGCCGCUCACCGAGAAGACAAAGGGCAUGUUCAACAAGGAGAAGAUCGCCAAGAUGAAGAAAGGCGUCAUCAUCGUGAACAACGCUCGUGGAGCGAUCAUGGAUACGCAGGCAGUGGCAGACGCUUGCAAGAGUAGGCACAUCGCUGGAUACGGCGGCGACGUGUGGUACCCGCAGCCGGCGCCCAAGGAGCACCCGUGGAGGUACAUGCCCAACAACGCAAUGACCCCGCACAUCUCCGGCACCACCAUUGACGGCCAGCUGAGGUACGCGGCCGGUGUGAAGGACAUGCUGGAGAGGUACUUCAAGGGACAGGACUUCCCGGAGCCCAACUACAUUGUCAAGGAAGGCAAGCUCGCCAGCCAGUACCAGUGAGCGUCCAUCCAUGGAGCCGCAGCUGCACGCCUGCAUCAGCAUGCCGGUUACCAGAAACUAAAUAAAAGAUGCUUGGCCGUUGCAAUGGCCAUCACCCAUAAAUAUAUCUAUACCUAAAUAAAAUGGAACAAAAACUGGUUGCUUUCAUUUGCUAUCAGCUUCCUUUGCUGUAUUUUUCUCGUACACUGUCCUUCGCUGUAUUUCGUUUGAACUAUAAUAAAGUCAAAGUGUUGUGCAAAGGUUG